CCCUUAUAAUUAUCCUCCACUUCUCUCCCUCUCAAAACCUACUCUCUCUCUCUCUCUCUACAUCUCUUUUCUCUUCUUUUUUCAUCUCUCAUUCACAUAACCCACAAUCCCAUUCGUCUUUUAAAGCUUUCGUUAACUUCAGCUGGGUUAGGGUUUUGUAGUUUCAUUGACGAUGAGCAAUAAUUUUGGACAGUUUGGUGACACGACUCUCACCAAAGUUUUCGUUGGAGGCUUGGCAUGGGAGACGCCUAAAGAUGCCAUGAGAGAACACUUUGAGAAGUACGGUGAGAUCUUGGAGGCCGUCAUUAUCUCUGAUAAACUCACCGGCAGAUCCAAGGGCUACGGAUUCGUUACGUUUAAGGAAGCUGAAUCAGCCAAGAAGGCUUGCGAGGAUGCCACUCCCAUCAUCAAUGGCCGCCGUGCUAACUGCAACCUUGCCUCUCUCGGCGCUCGCCGCCCCCGCUCGGCUUCCACCACCCCACCUCAACAAGGAUCAAACGUUGGACCGAGGUCCACGUCAGCAGCGCCGGCAAAUCAUGUGCAGUGGUACUACCCACCUGGCACACCAACAGCACCAUUUCAUCAUCAGCAUCAUCAGCCAGUUCCUUUCUAUGGGUACUCUCCGACCUACAUUGCUACUGAUGUCAGUUACAAUCAUAAGUUGAGUUACACUGGCGGGUCCUACAUGAACGGGCAUUACUCACAGCCACAGGUGUAUCCGGGGCAAGCUAUUAUGGGUGCCAACACAUUGAUGCCAAUGUACCCUCUGUAUCAUUUCCAUCAAUCACAGACAAUGGGCUUACCGGCCCACAUCUUCCCAACUACAACAGCGGGGCCCAUGACAACGGUCCCUGCUAUGAUGUCAAAACCUGCAUCAAUUGCUGCUCCUAACACAGUUUGUUUGUCUGUGGAAUAGGUAGUACAGUUGGCGGAGGUGAAAAGGCAUAAAAGGGGUUGUGGGUGAGUUGGCAGUAACAUGGCAAUGCAAUGCAAGAGAAGAAAAUGGAAGAAGAAGAAGCUGCUCAGAACAAAGAUUAUUAUUAUAUGAUCUGUUGUGGCUGUUUCUUUCCAAUAAUUUUUAAUUUUAAUUUUCAUUUAAUUUAUUCUUAUUAUUAUUAAUUAGGUGUUUGAUAAGAUUCUUUAAUCCUCUUUCUUUCUAACAUCUAAGCUGAUGAUAUUGAUGAGCAUUAUUACCAUAACUCAAAACCAAUGUAAGAGAAACUCGUGUAUUCAACUUUGCCUUGCCAUGUCUUAUUUUCAUAUGGAAUCC